CCAGGCGCUGCCCUCCCUGCAGUGACGUCCCAAGGGGCGGAGGGGCGACCUACUGACGGCGCCUUCCCCUCCUUCUCCCAGUGCGGGCCGACGGUUCUCGGGAGAUGCCGCUGCCGCAGUCGUCCCACAAGCCGCCACCAGUCCGCCCGCUCCAUCGCCCCAGUGCCCGGGGGUCCCGGGGCACGCCCGAGUCGGGCCAUGUGCCCGGGAACGGCGCUGCAGGCCGUGCUACUGCUGGCGCUGCUGGAGGGGCGACGCGGCGCAGAGGGGCGCCUGCAGAGCGCCUCGGACUUGGACCCUAGAGGAGGGCAGCUGGUCUGCCGGGGAGGGACACAGAGGCCUUGUUAUAAAGUCAUUUACUCCCAUGAUGCUUCUCGAAGACUUGACUUUGAGGAAGCCAAAGAAACCUGCAUGAGGGAUGGGGGCCAACUACUCAGCAUCGAGUCUGAAGAUGAGCAGAGACUGAUAAAAAUGUUCAUUGAAAACCUCUCGGCAUCAGAUGGUGAUUUCUGGAUUGGGCUCAGAAGGCAUGAAGAGAAACAAAGCAACAGUACCAGUUGCCAGGACCUUUAUACUUGGACUGAUGGCAGCACAUCAAAAUUUAGGAACUGGUAUGCAGAUGAGCCUUCCUGUGGCAGCGAGAUCUGCGUGGUCAUGUACCAUCAGCCAUCGGCACCUCCUGGUAUUGGGGGCCCCUACAUGUUCCAGUGGAAUGAUGAUCGAUGCAACAUGAAAAAUAAUUUCAUUUGCAAAUACUCUGAUGGUGAGGAAACAGAGUCAGCAACACCUCUACUUCCCAAAGAAACACAGAAAGAAGAUGCCCAGGAAACAUUUAAAGAAAACAAAGGAGCCCCCUUGAAUCUUGCCUACAUCCUAAUCCCUGUCAUUCCUCUCCUCCUCUUCCUUGUGGUCGCCACAGUAAUAUGUUGGGUUUGGAUCUAUAGAAGGAGAAGACAGGAGCAGCCAGACCUUAGUGCAAAGGAGCAACACACUAUCUGGCCUGCUCCUUACCAAGAAAACAAUCCGGAUCUAGAAGUAUACAACAUCAUAAGAAAACAAAGUGAAGCUGACUUAGCUGAGCCCCGGCCAGACUUGAAGAAUAUUUCAUUCCGGGUGCACUCAGGGGAAGUCACUCCUGACGACAUGUCUUGUGACUAUGACAACAUGGCUGUGAACCCUUCAGAAAGUGGAUUUAUCACUCUGGCCAGUACAGAGAGUGGAUUUGUGACCAAUGACAUCUACGAGUUCUCCCCUGACCAGAGGGGAAGGAGCAAGGAGUCUGGAUGGGUGGAAAAUGAAAUAUAUGGCUAGUAGGAUGCAUGAGAGAAAGACUGAAGUGACAGGGAUAGGAAAGACAUGAAAAGCAAAAUUUUCUGCUUUUUAUAAGGAAAGAGGUCUAUAGAAAUGCUCAAAUCAGGUCCUCGGGUGAGCAUGAGGUCCCCAUCAUCCUGCUGGAUCCCCAAGUUCUGCCUGUAUCCCUUAUCCCAUUUUCUCUCUCAGCUAGCUCUGCCUUAAGAGAAACCAGGGUUGGACAUACAGUAGAGUCUCAAUAAAUGUCAGUCAGUUGGUUACCUCUGA